AUGGGGUUUAAGUUACUGAACUUUUUGGCGGACCCGUUCGCCGUGUCGACGGUGUCGUUUGGCUUUUUGGCGUGGAUCGUCGCCUUGGUCGGCGCCGCCACCCUGGACCAGCUGAAGUUCCCCCAGUUUUCGUGGUGGGGAGUGAUGUACGAGUUCGCAGUGGUGGUGGUGGUGUUUUUGCUCUACUUGAACAAUAACAUCGAGCUCUAUAAGUUUACCCUUGUGGGUUUGGUGCUGGUGGCGUUUGUUUACACUACCAACACCACCAACUCUCUCAUCUACCUGGGCAACGGGCCCAACUUGGCCUGCGCUGUUGGCUGCAUUUUGUUGCUGAUUUUGAACGUGGUGUGGAUCGUCUACUUCGGCGGCCACCCCGAGUCGCCGACGAACCAGUUGAUCGACUCGUUCUCGCUCAAGAACCACGCCACCACGUUGCCGCCGCUGGAUCCUUCCGGUCCUGCUGUCCACGCUGAAACUAAGCUUGCCGGCGGCGACGAAGACGACUACGACUACAAGCGCUACGUCAGUCCCGUCAACUUGCCCAACAGUCAGCUGACCACCCACUUCCAAGACAACAACUUGAGACAACUGCAACUUACUAAUAAGGCCAACCAGAGCGCCACCGCGAGCGGGGCCCCGGUGCAGCCCGCUGCUAACCAGGCUGGCUACAUGCUGUCGUCGCAACUCAACGGGCUCGAGAACUUCAGCAGCUCCGACAUGAACAACCGCGACCUUACCAAUAACACCUCGCUGAACAAGCGAACAACUGGCACCACCUACGGCGAAAACACCGGCACCAUCCUGCUGAUCCCCUUCCGAUACAAGGCGAAGGCGCUCUAUAGCUACGACGCCAACCCCGACGACAUCAAUGAAAUCUCGUUCGUUAAGGAUGAAAUCUUAGAGGUCGACGAUAUCGAUGGCAAGUGGUGGCAGGCGCGCAAGGCCAACGGCCAGGUGGGGAUCUGUCCCUCGAACUAUGUCAAGUUGAUUGACUAA